AUGAGCCGCUCGGCUCCGCAGUCCAAGGCGCCGUCGCCGGCGCGCUCCCCGCGCGUCUCGACUGCCGAUGACCAGCCCACCAGCGCCAACAAGCCCGCCGGUAUCAUCAAUAUGGGCAUGACGUGCUUCCUCAACUCGACGUUCCAGUCGCUUGCAGCAACACCACCUCUCAUCUCCCUGCUGCGGAACAACCCCGCCCUUCCUCUGCAUCUGGCGCCAGACUCUCUGCUUCCGCCUGCGGUUCAGACGCCCGACGCGACGCCCUGCCUUCGUGCAGACUCGCUCGAGCCCCCACUCUAUCCCCUCAUGCCCGUGACGCGCGCAUUCACAAACAUGCUGCACAAGGCGUGGACGAUGAAGGAUAACGGAGGCGGGACAAGCGGACCGGGCGAGUCGAGCAUGCAGCACGCGAUGUCGCUGCGUGCUCUCCUAAAAGAGCUCGCACGCAAGUAUGACCAGUACGACGAGUUUGCACAGCAAGAUGCCCAUGAGCUGCUGCGGCACCUGCUCGACUCGAUGGAGAUGGAGGAGAAGGACGUCAUCAAGCGUCUCGGUAAGGAGCGUGCGGCGGCUGGUGUGCCAUCCGUCGCUCCACAACCGUUGCCUGACGACUCAGUGCCGACGAGGACAGGAGAGCAGCCCGAGGUGGAGCUGAUAUCCUUUGUGGACGCAUUGUUCGGCGGACUACUCGCGUCAGUCGUCGUGUGUGAGACUUGCAAGUCGGUGUCACACACGUAUGAGGGAUUCCUCGACCUGUCACUGAGCAUGCGGGGUGACGACGAUCAGCCCACUCGACAGCGCAAGCGUGACCGGUUCCGCGGUAUCGCGUCACGCCUCACCCCGACAAAGGGCAAGCACCUCGACAACUCGCAUGCCACAAUGUCGGAACCCGAGGGGAGCGACAGCGAACAUGGCCGGACAAGGCAUCUGGGGAUCGGCCACGGCCGCGCACCACGUCAGCCAUCGUCGGACGCGGACAGUGCGCACAGCAACGUCAUGUCCAAUUCCUCCAACGGUACAAAGCUCGGUGCAAGAGUGCGUCCGUCCUUUUCUUUCCGGCGAAAGGAUAAGGACAAGGACAAGAAGGACAAGCCCAAGGCGGGCACGUCGCCGGACAAGUCGCCGUCCGUGUCACCACUACUUGAAACAUCCACGCGCCUCGAGCUCGCGCCGCCAGUGCCCGACAGCGUGCCGCCCACUCCUCCCGCAAUCUCGCCAGACCCAUCGGUCUCUAGCAACUCCCUCCACUCCAAUCAUCACCAGCACCAGCACCAGCACCACCACCAGCACCAACACCACACCGCUGCACCCACUGCCGCGCAGGCCGCGUACAUCCAGCGUAUCCUCAACGGCCCACCCGGGCCACCUGACUCGUAUGACCCUCUCGCCAAGCUGCGUGCCGCGCAUGCCGGCCAGGCUUCCCCGCCCAGAGACUCCGGACUCGUGGAGAGCCUGAAGAACUUCAUGGCUGUCGAGGUGCUGGAGGGUGAGAACGCGUUUGCGUGUCACAAGUGCUGGAAGAUCAAGGUGGGCCGCUACUCGCGUGGCAAUAGCGACCCCCAGACCCCAGCCAAUGACGACGUGCCCACCAUCGCGGUGGCAGGGGACGGCGCGCACUCCGGCCGCGACGUGCCCCGCAAUCCUGGGAUCAUGCGCGCGCCCUCCCCGCUGCGCCAGGUCGUACAGAGGUCCGCGUCGUUCUCGCCAACAGCGCCUGGUACGGCGUCGCUCACAGUUGUGCCCUCGAGUGGAGGAUACAGUGUUGACUCGUUACUAAGUUCAAGCACGGCGGACACGACAGCCGCAUCAAGCGUGUCGGGCUUGACUGCAUUCCCUGCGCCGGAGUAUGAUACCGAUGGUCUAAGCGACAGCAGUGAGAGCGACGAUGAGCCGCCACCCGAAUUUGUGCGCCGCUCGGCCCUCCGACCACCGUUCAGCAGGAAGCAGAGCCGCAGCAAGCACUUCAUAUUACGCCGCGCGUUCAAGCGAUACCUGAUAGCCAAGGCGCCCGAGGUCCUUGUAUUUCACAUCAAGCGGUUCAAGCAGACCACGAGCGGGGUAUACUCCGCCUUCAGUAGCUUGAAAAAGCUCGACGACUUUGUGUCGUUCCCCGAAAUGCUGGACAUUGCGCCGUUCAUGGCGCCAAACAGAAACGACUUCAAGGCCGUGCCGACGUCCGAUGGGCCGCGCGCUCCGUACCAGGACUGGCCAAGCCCAGAGCAGUGUCCCAGUCGCACGCCCAUGCCGUAUCGCCUAUACGCGGUGGUCGUGCACCUCGGCACCAUGCUCGGCGGGCACUACGUUGCGUAUGUGCUCGUCGACCCGGAACGGAUGUUCACGCGGCCCGGCGAUCCAUCCGGCGAUCCCCCCGAACUGAUGGACCGCCUCACGCUGGACGGCAGGACCGAAAAGCCCGACCGCCGCGUGUGGUGCUACGCCAGCGAUACGCAAAUCCGCCUCGCGAGCGUCCAGGAGGUUAUGGCCGCGCGCGCGUACCUGUGCUUCUACGAGAAGGCCUUCUGA